UGUGCAGAGGACUCCAGUUUAGCUCCAACUCAGGCAUCUCAGCCCAGAGGACGCUGCCUACUCAUCUGCAGUUGAGAAAUCCCUUCUUCAAUGCUCCUUUACUGGCACCUGGAAAUCUAUAUUUUGCAAGCAGAGCUUUUCAUAUUUAUUUCCUUUAUCUAAAUCUAUUUGUUCUGAUGUUUUUCUUCUUUGAAUGGUUAGAGCCAUGACACACACAUACACCUAAGCCAGAAACAUCAACAUUCUUUUUCAUUUUUGCCUCUUUCAUUCUGGGAGAAUCCAUGCAAGCAUUAAGUCCAGCAGAGUCUAAGUGGUUUUAAAUCUCUUGAAGCCGUCAACUUUUGUCCUUCCCCAAAGAGACAACAGAGUUGACUAGUAAAGAACACAGGCACUGGGUAGAGCUGCCUAAAUGUUCACAGGGAUUGCUUCAGCUGACGCCACGUUCUGAACCAUGGUACAGUUUUCAUAUCCUCAUGUGUAAAGUAUGGGUGAUAAUAGUAGUACCUAUAACCUAGGGUCAUGGUGAAGAUUUAAUGGGCUGAUUUAUGCAGAGCAUAGCAGGGUGUGUCGCAUGAAAGAAGCCAGUCUUCCAUAAGUACUGUUUAUUAUCAGCCCUAAGGCCAUGCUUUCUGCCAACAGACAACAUUGCUUGGUACAAGAGCUUUUAACUAGUCUCCCUGCCUCAAGCCUGUUCCUUUUUAACCUUCCCUUGUAAUUCAGCCAGAUUGAAUCUCCCAGGAACAAAACUGAAAAUAUUCCUCUCCUAUCAGAAUCCCUCAGAAUCACUUCAUGACCUUCUGAUUUGCCCUUUUAUGGACGAUAAACCUUUCCAUUUUCUGAGCCAGAGGCUUCUUCCUUUGUGGAGUCAGCCUCAUCACUCAACUAGGAACAUAACCAGCUAUCUACCUUUCUCAGAAGGCACUUGGGUUUGCUCUUAUAACAGGCACUUUUUCUAGGUUCUUCCCACCACUGCACAUGGACACACAAAAAUUACACUGACCCCUGGCAUCCCAAAGACAAACAGCAGAAAGCACUCCCAGGAAAAAUGAGCUCAGAACCUUUCUGUCGCCUGGGCCCACAACUGAGGUUCAGGGCCUUCUCUAAAAAGAAGCCGCAGCCGAAGCCAGAGGAACUGCCCAGAGUGGGGCUGGAGGUGUGGAGUCUACAUUGAUACUCUCAGGCUGUUUCCACUCUUGCUGGUUCUGAUGCUCUUUUCUUUUGCCGCAAGCAACCCUAGUGGAAAACUGGGAAAUGUCCAACAAUGAAGUUAGGACAGUGGCCCGUAAAACAUCGGAUUCCAACCUGUGUCCUAAGGUGUAAAGACACAGAUUAAAGGCAAAGAUAUAGUGAGCCUUUAACACGUUCUCCUUUGUUCUUCCUAUUUCUCUAUUCCUUCUCCAUUUCCGAUGGUGUUCUCUACCCUCUCUCCAUCCCACGUGCCAAUAGCCCCUCUUUUCUCUUUUAUUCUCGCCCACGUUUCCCUCCUUUCUUCCACCUGCGCCCAACGGUACGGCCCGGAAAACGAACUGGAUGCGUUGGACAGAGCACGCGCGCAUUGCGGACGCCAGCUAGACCGAGCCCUGGGGGGCUACGGGGUCCCCCGGAAACCCUGCCAGGGGAGCCGGGUUUUGCGCUCAGGCGCCUCUAGCGGCGGCCCCGAGAAGUCUGACUCGCGAGGCCCGAGUUGCAGGGACUGAAUAGCGAACUGAGGCUGAGUAGGGAACAGACCAUGAGGUCAGUGCAGAUCUUCCUCUCCCAAUGCCGAUUGCUCCUUUUGCUAGUUCCAACAGUGCUCCUUCUUAAGUCUCUUGGCGAAGAUGUAAUUUUUCACCCUGAAGGGGAGUUUGACUCGUAUGAGGUCACCAUUCCUGAGAAGCUGAGCUUCCGGGGAGAGGUGCAGGGUGUGGUCAGUCCCGUGUCGUACCUACUGCAGUUAAAAGGCAAGAAGCACGUCCUCCAUUUGUGGCCCAAGAGACUUCUGUUGCCCCGACAUCUGCGCGUUUUCUCCUUCACAGAACAUGGGGAACUGCUGGAGGAUCAUCCUUAUAUACCAAAGGACUGCAACUACAUGGGCUCCGUGGAAGAGUCCCUGGACUCUAAAGCUACUAUAAGCACAUGCAUGGGGGGUCUCCGAGGUGUAUUUAACAUUGAUGCCAAACAUUACCAAAUUGAGCCCCUCAAGGCCUCUCCCAGCUUUGAACAUGUCGUCUAUCUCCUGAAGAAAGAGCAGUUUGGGAAUCAGGUUUGUGGCUUAAGUGAUGAUGAAAUAGAAUGGCAGAUGGCCCCUUAUGAGAAUAAGGCGAGGCUAAGGGACUUUCCUGGAUCCUAUAAACACCCAAAGUACUUGGAAUUGAUCCUACUCUUUGAUCAAAGUAGGUAUAGGUUUGUGAACAACAAUCUUUCUCAAGUCAUACAUGAUGCCAUUCUUUUGACUGGGAUUAUGGACACCUACUUUCAAGAUGUUCGUAUGAGGAUACACUUAAAGGCUCUUGAAGUAUGGACAGAUUUUAACAAAAUACGCGUUGGAUAUCCAGAGUUAGCUGAAGUUUUAGGCAGAUUUGUAAUAUAUAAAAAAAAUGUAUUAAAUGCUCGCCUGUCAUCAGAUUGGGCACAUUUAUAUCUUCAAAGAAAAUAUAAUGAUGCUCUUGCAUGGUCGUUUGGAAAAGUGUGUUCUCUAGAAUAUGCUGGAUCAGUGAGUACUUUACUAGAUACAAAUAUCCUUGCCCCUGCUACCUGGUCUGCUCAUGAGCUGGGUCAUGCCGUAGGGAUGUCACAUGAUGAACAAUACUGCCAAUGUAGGGGUAGGCUUAAUUGCAUCAUGGGCUCAGGACGCACUGGGUUUAGCAAUUGCAGUUAUAUCUCUUUUUUUAAACAUAUCUCUUCGGGAGCAACAUGUCUAAAUAAUAUCCCAGGACUAGGUUAUGUGCUUAAGAGAUGUGGAAACAAAAUUGUGGAAGACAAUGAGGAAUGUGAUUGUGGUUCCACAGAGGAGUGUCAGAAAGAUCAGUGUUGCCAAUCAAAUUGUAAGUUGCAACCAGGUGCCAACUGUAGCAUUGGACUUUGCUGUCAUGAUUGUCGGUUUCGUCCAUCUGGAUACAUGUGUAGGCAGGAAGGAAAUGAAUGUGACCUUGCAGAGUACUGUGACGGGAAUUCAAGUUCCUGCCCAAAUGAUGUUUAUAAGCAGGAUGGAACCCCUUGCAAGUAUGAAGGCCGUUGUUUCAGGAAGGGGUGCAGAUCCAGAUAUAUGCAGUGCCAAAGCAUUUUUGGACCUGAUGCCAUGGAGGCUCCUAGUGAGUGCUAUGAUGCAGUUAACUUAAUAGGUGAUCAAUUUGGUAACUGUGAGAUUACAGGAAUUCGAAAUUUUAAAAAGUGUGAAAGUGCAAAUUCAAUAUGUGGCAGGCUACAGUGUAUAAAUGUCAAAACCAUCCCUGACUUGCCAGAGCAUACGACUAUAAUUUCUACUCAUUUACAGGCAGAAAAUCUCAUGUGCUGGGGCACAGGCUAUCAUCUGUCCAUGAAACCCAUGGGAAUACCUGACCUAGGUAUGAUAAAUGAUGGCACCUCCUGUGGAGAAGACCGGGUAUGUUUUAACAAAAAUUGUGUCAAUAGCUCAGUUCUGAAGUUUGACUGUUUGCCUGAGAAAUGCAAUACCCGGGGUGUUUGCAACAACAGAAAAAACUGCCACUGCAUGUAUGGCUGGGCACCUCCAUUCUGUGAGGAGGUGGGGUAUGGAGGAAGCAUUGACAGUGGGCCUCCAGGACUGCUCAGAGGGGCGAUUCCCUUGUCAAUUCGGGUUGUGUCCAUCAUAAUGUUUCGCCUUAUUUUAUUAAUCCUUUCAGUGGUUUUUGUGUUUUUCCGGCAAGUGAUAGGAAACCACUUAAAACCCAAACAGGAAAAAAUGCCACUAUCCAAAGCAAAAACUGAACAGGAAGAAUCUAAAACAAAAACUGGACAGGAAGAAUCUAAAGCAAAAACUGGACAGGAAGAAUCUGAAGCAAAAACUGGACAGGAAGAAUCUGAAGCAAAAACUGGACAGGAAGAAUCUAAAGCAAAAACUGGACAGGAAGAAUCUAAAGCAAACAUUGAAAGUAAACGACCCAAAGCAAAGAGUGUCAAGAAACAAAAAAAGUAACCGGACAAUCCAUACUCAUUCAGUAACACAGGCUCAUUUAUUUAACCAGCUAAUCAUUUAUCCAAAGGCUUUCCAUUCUUCUCCCAAUAUUUUUUUACUUUAAUUUUUCCCACAAGUUUUGAUCAGCAAAUAAACAACAUUCUUGUUUU